AUGGCCGGUGGUGUUGUAGCUGGUCCGCCGGCCGGCAGUUCAUCAAAAGCAUAUCCGGGAAGGCUCACAUGGAACGUGUGCGUAGCAGCCAUGCUGGCGGCUUUCGGGGGUCUAAUCUUUGGUUACGAUAUUGGAAUUUCCGGGGGCGUGACGUCCAUGACGCCAUUCCUGGACAAAUUCUUCCCCAAAGUCUCUAAAAACCUCCAACAGUCGAAUACCUCUGAUUCGAGCAGCAACCAGUAUUGCAAGUUCAACAGUUUCACGUUGACCAUGUUCACGUCUUCCUUAUACUUGGCCGCACUUUUCGCGUCUUUUUUGGCAAUAUUUUUGACCAAAAGAUUCGGACGAAAAGUGUCCAUGCUCUGCGGCGGUGUUACGUUCUGCGCUGGAGCCCUCAUCAACGGCUUCGCUCAAUACACCUGGAUGCUCUAUGCCGGCCGUCUUCUUCUCGGUCUUGGUAUCGGUUUUGCUAACCAGGCUGUGCCUUUAUAUCUAUCGGAGAUAGCACCGUACCAACAUCGUGGGGCCCUCAACGUCAUGUUUCAACUCAGCAUCACCAUCGGAAUCCUGGUUGCAAACGCCGUCAAUGUUGGGUUUGCUCGUAUCGACGGGGGAUGGGGCUGGCGGUUGAGCUUGGGUGGCGCUAUCGUCCCUGCUAUAGCUUUCAUCGUCGGUACUCUUCUCGUUCCGGAUUCCCCAAGCUCUCUUCUCGGACGUGAAAAGCUUCAAGAGGCAAAAGAAAACUUACGAAAAAUACGUGGGGUGGACGACGUACAAGAAGAGUUCAAUGAUCUAGUUGCAGCAUGCGAACAAUCUAAAAGGAUGGAUCAAAACCCGUUGCGUAAUCUGUUUCUCGACAGGAGGUACAGACCACAAGCAACUUUUGCGAUCUUGAUUCCCUUCUUCCAACAGUUCACGGGAAUGAACGUGUUCAUGUUCUACGCACCGGUUUUGUUCAAAACAAUGGGGUUUGGAGACAAUGGUGCCCUCGUUUCCGCUCUGAUCACCGGGGUCGUUAACAUGGUAGCAACCAUCGUUUCCAUUCUCACUGUUGAUAAAUUUGGAAGGAGGUUUUGGUUUCUCGAAGGUGGCAUUCAAAUGUUAUUCUGUCAGGUUGUGAUUACUAUUGCCAUCGCUUUGAAGUUUGGGUUAAAUGGAAACCCCGGGGAGCUCCCAGGGUGGUAUUCGGGUCUUGUGGUUGCAGCCAUAUGCAUAUACAUUGCAGGGUUCGCGUGGUCUUGGGGUCCGUUGGGUUGGCUCGUGCCUAGUGAAAUCUUCUCACUUGAAGUGAGAUCCGCGGCUCAAGGUGUUAAUGUUAUCGUCAACAUGAUCUUCACCUUCUUGAUUGCUCAAAUCUUCCUCCAGAUGUUAUGUGCUUUUAGAUAUGGAUUGUUUAUAUUCUUUACGUUUUGGGUGCUUGUGAUGACGGGUUUCGUCUACUUCUUUUUGCCGGAGACAAAGGGAAUUCCGAUUGAAGAUAUGUCCGGAAUUUGGAAGCAACAUUGGUAUUGGAAAAGGUUUGUUGCCGACGAUGAAGAAAGGGAUUUGGAAAAGAAUUAAAGACAAGAUAAAAGAAAGGAGGAAGAUAUUAUUUCGAUUUUUUAUAGAUAUCAUCACUUU